AUGAGGAAAGCAAUAAAUGAUGAAAUAAAAAAUGUUUUUGUCGAUGGAAAUUCAACAUAUGAUUUUAAGUUUGAAGGUGCCGUUGAAGCAAAUAUAUUUAGCUUCUUUACUCGGGUAAUCGAACAACAAAUUUUCCUGGCACAACAGACAGAAUUAGACUCGGAUGGCGAUUUAGAAGUUCGCAAAGCAAGCAAUGCAUGA